UAUCUGCAGAUUGGAUUGCAAUAGCCAUAGCUUUUUUUUUAAUAUAUUUACUUUCAAUACAGGACUCCAGCCUGUCACUCGUCAUUACCACUAUGUGGAUUACCCAAGGAAUUGGCUCGAUGCUCAGAGAUACUGCCAAGCAACAUUCACUGAUUUAGCUACCAUAGAUAGCAUUAAUGAUGUGAAUAGUCUCAUGAAUGAAGUUGUGCUUGGCUACAUUGGCUCUUUAUGGAUUGGACUAAACAGAGGUACACAAGCACAGUGGGGCUGGUCUCGAGGGGAUGAGCCUCUAUCCAAUUACAGCAACUGGGAUGCAGGGAGGCCAAAUGGUUCUGGACAAUGUGUAGUUAAUAUCAACAAUGUCUGGCGUGAUUACAAUUGCACAGUACCUCUAUAUUUUGUGUGCUACUAUGAGGGAAAAGGAUACAUCCUGGUACAGUCUAACAAAACCUGGCAAGAUGCACAGAGUUACUGCCGAAGCUACUACACUGACCUGGCAACAAUCCGCUCUCCGUGGGAACAGAAGCAUUUGAUAGAACUUGUUGGUAGAGGAGUCUUCGUCUGGAUCGGCUUGUUCCUAGAUACUUGGGAGUGGUCUGACCAGUGGAGCCUCUUUUUCAGAAACUGGGCAUUAGGACAACCAAGUUCCACAUCUGGUAACUGCACUGCUAUGAUGACAAAUGAUUCUGGAAAAUGGACUGUUCAGAAUUGCAAUGCAGCACUUCCUUUUAUCUGCUAUGGAGAAGAAAACAUGGUGAAGAGAAAAAACAUAAUAAAAAUCAAAGUGGCUUACAGUGGAACAGCAAAUCUCAAUGAUCUGUCACUGCAGGCAGUGAUCUUAAAGGAAAUUGAAAAAAAAAUUAUAGGGCAGAGCAAGGCUAAUGAUAUCAAACUGAGCUGGAAAUUGAGGAGUGAUGGAAACGUGUUUGUGAAGCAAGGAGCCAGAGAUAAGAACGGAUAGGUUAUGAUCUCAUUCACCAUAUAAUAUGUCAAAAGUCUGACAUGCUCAUUACUUUUCUAAUCAAGAAAUGAUCUCAGUAUGCCUGAAUCAAUGUUUGUUUAUUAUGAAUUAGCAGAAGAUCUGAUAAAUAAUAUUAUUAAUAUUAAUAUUAUUAAAAUCUUUGCUUUGUGGAUGCUUUGGGGUUAGGUUCAGGCAACUUUUGCUUCAUGUUAUUUAUAUGGUUCUAAUUUAAU